UCAGCCCAGAGUUCUGAUUUACCAGGGUAACGUAAAGGACUUCGAAGAACAGGGCAAACGUGCAUGCUUCCAUCGAUAAUCAACUUCUGGACUUGCGUUAUUGGACUCUGGCCAGUUGGUUACUGACCUGAUGGGCUCGAUGGAGGGUGCAAGGCAAGGAUGGCAAGGGUGCGUGGUCGUGAUCUAGGCCGAGCCGGACCGGCCCUCGGAAGAAGACGGGAAAAACCCGUUGUGAAAGCAAGGUACAAAUAUUGCGUGGCACGGAAGAUAAAAUUUCACCCUAGCUCAAAGUGCUUAUUACCCUUCUCUUCUCUCCCCCCAACGUUUCUCCCAUCAGUGCGACUUUCCCGAGCUUCCCCAAACUUCCCGCGCCUACACAGUCGCGAACUUGAACUACCCACAACUCGAUCGGGUAUCCGGACCGAAGAUCUGUAAUCAUGCUGCUAGAUGACCGGAUCGGAAUCAAUUCCCUCCCCCAAGAGCUCAUAGAUGCUAUUAUCGAUGAGAACCAGGACGACCAGGCUGCCCUACGCGCCUGUUCCCUCGUAGCCCGUCCAUGGACCUAUUCCUCUCAGCGGCACAUAUUCUCCCGGGUCCACUUCCGCAACCAUUCGCAAUGUUAUUACCCCGGCAAGUCGUACAAGACCUCAUGCGAGAUCAACAAAUUUCAUAACCUCAUUUCUACGCGGCCACAUUUAGCGUCGUUUGUCCGGACACUGGAGGUUGAGCCUAUCCUUGAUGCAGUGCAGGAAGAACUCCUCGCGUGUACUCUCCAGAAGCUCGUCAACUUGGAAUGUAUAUCCCUCGAUCUGGGGGGCUACUACUGGGACGAGCUUUCGCAAUGUAUGAGGGACGCCCUCAUUACCACUAUCCGUUCCCCGCGGAUAACCAACCUCGAGCUCCGAGAAGGCCUGUUCCUCCGGUGUGCUGAUUUCCUGGCUCUCCUUGGUGCGUGCGAGCAUCUUAAGAGGCUGUCGCUCUCCGCGAUGUCGUGUGAUGAUCUCGAGGAGUUCGUCCAGGCUGAUGCUCAGGCUGCGGUGGGCUGCUUGAAUCUGCAGCUUGAUUCGCUUGCGCUGAGUUUGUAUGAGCAGUCGUAUCUCCCGCUCAUGCAUCGGUUGUUGCAGCUCCAGCCUUCUGUGGAUCUGAGCCAUCUCCAUCGGUUGUCCGUGCUCACUGCUGGCUCUGGACACUUAGAGGAGCGUGUUGAGGCGACGAAGGAGAUACUCAAGUUGAAUAGUAAUUCGCUUCAGCAUCUUGUUUUGAAUGUGUGUUUAGGAGAACCGUUGUCCAACUUUAUUGAUAUCAAGCAGCUCCUCUCCAUCCAGAUAAAGCUAUGGUGGAUCCGCCUAGACCAGCAUACAGAGCCCACACUAUGGCUCCGCUGGCUGAUAGAGUCGUUCCAAGAACUCUCCAAGCACCGCGUGGAGGAAGUCACGUUUGAGAUAUUCUACAACUCUGAUUGGACGGUCUACACGGCGGAGUGGGCUGCGCUGGACGCGGUUCUGGGGCAGAUGCGUUCGUUGACGAAGGUGAAUGUGAGGUUGGACGCGUAUGAUGGUGUAAAGGGGAGGUGGAAGUACCCGAGGGAGUAUUCGGGUGCUGCGGUGAAGGAUGUAGAGAGGGUGCUUCCGAAUGUGUGCGCAAGGAAGAUUUUGGAUUGUCAGGUUGCGGCUAGUUUUUCUUGUUGAUUGGGUUUUUUUCUCUUCGUCAUGAUUGCUCUACUCUACUAUGAUCGCAUUUUGAUACCCCGGAUACCACUCACGCGUGUUAAUGGUCAAUGUAUUUCUCUUCGUGGUAUUCAUGUGUCUGUACAAGGACAAACAUACUAUAGAUACAUACAUGGAUUGACGCGUACCAUUUUAAUUGGGUUAGAUUUCUUCGUCCCCCAGGCAGCGGAUAUUCGGACAUGUUAAAGAAUGUCCACAUUGAGGAUGUGGUGCGAUGUAUUACCUUUUGCUUGGGCAAUGAUUUUCAACUGGCGCCAGGGAGGUACGUGUACUUUCAAUUGACUUUCAAAUGA